AUGAUCGGCAUCUAUCUAUCUAUCUAUCUAUCUAUCUAUCUAUCUAUCUAUCUAUCUAUCUAUCUAUGUCAGUCUAUCUAUCUAAAAUUCAUAUCUUUUAUCUAUUCAUAUCUAUCUAUCUAUCUAUCUAUCUAUCUAUCUAUCUAUCUAUCUAUGUGUAUUCAUUAUCUAUCUAUCUAUCUAUCUAUCUAUCUAUCUAUCUAUCUAUCUAUGAUGCUGUUCUAUUCUAUCUAUCUAUCUAUCUAUCUAUCUAUCUAUCUAUCUAUCAUUUUUUAUUCAUUUAUUUUUCAUAUAUUCUAUCUAUCCUAUCUAUCUAUCUAUCUAUCUAUCUAUCUAUCUAUCUAUAUUCAUUAUCUAUCUAUCUAUGUAUUCAUUAUCUAUCUAUCUAUCUAUCUCUGUCUAUUCAUUAUCUAUCUAUCUAUCUAUCUUGAUCCUCGUAUUCCGGAAGUGCGAAAAGCAAACCUUGUAUUUGAAACUCUUAACGCUCUUAUUGACAAACAGUCGGCUUGCUUGGACGUUGUGCACGAAAUUGCUGCACUGGACGAAAGCGUUCAGAGCCUCUCUCUGAACUUUGACACCACGGCCGUGCAUCUUGUGAACUCUGGCUCGAAGGAAAAGGUUGGUCACGAACUAAGCAAUGUUAUGAGCCAUCAGAAUCUUGUGAAAUCUGCACAGAAAUGCAACUUAGCUGUUCGAAAGAAUUGGCAGUGGGUUGGCAAAAUGCUUCAGUGUGCCCAAGUUCAUUUCAACAAUGCGGCUGAUUUCCACCAGUUCUUCCACGAUGCCCAAGAAGCUGAAUAUUGGAUGAAGAAUACGCUGGCCAAUAUUCAUUUGACAUUUGAUCGUUCAAAACUGCAAGGGGAUAUGAUGGAUGUACAAUCGAUGAAAGAAGAGAUGAAGGUCAGCGAAAGAUUUUUUUCUUUUGCAACACAUUUUGAUAAUCGAUGUUAUUAUUUGGCAGCACAGUUUAUCUAUCUAUCUAUCUAUCUAUCUAUCUAUCUAUCUAUCUAUCAGUCUGUUCAUAUCUAUCUAUCUAUCUAUCUAUCUAUCUAUCUAUCUAUCUAUCUAUCUAUCUAUCUAUCUAUUAGUCUGUCCAUAUCUAUCUAUCUAUCUAUCUAUCUAUCUACUCAUUUUCUCUUUCUCUCUCUCACUUUCUAUCUAUCUAUCUAUCUAUCUAUCUAUCUAUCUAUCUAUCUAUCUAUCUACUCAUUUUCUCUCUCUCACUUUCUCUCAGUCAUCCCCAUCGAGGAAUCUCGUCCAGCCACGGCAUUGACGGACUAUCGGACUGACGAGUUUGACAUAAUUGAAGGAGAAUCGAUCACCUUAUUGGACAAUUCCGAUAAGUCAAGCUGGAAGGUGAAAAACUCUCGUGGUCAAAUCGGCACUGUACCUGCUGUCGUGGUGCUAAUACCAGGACCUAAUCCGAAUGCAAUCGACGUCGCAAUCAAGAUGCGAAUCCAGUUGUUGGCGCUGUGGACAGCAAGUGUGAAAAGAUUGGGUUAUAAAUUAAUUGCAUUCAUGCUUUUAGUAAUAAAAGAUUACAAUGAGGAAGAAAUUUUGAAACUAGGCCAGAUGACUGCAGCUCAGCGCAAAGAACUUCUGAUGGUUCUAACAUUUAUCGAAGAUGCAAUGUUGGAACAAUGGAAUGGUUAUAAGGACUUCGAAGAACUCCAAGAAAGAAUUCAUCGGAUAAGAUUAAUCUUUGAGGAAGAAGUCUCAUCUGAAAAUAGUUCAGAAGAACAGUUUUCCUCAUCUGUGAUUGUCCAAGUUGGGGCUCUCCAAGACCUGCUCACAAAAUAUAAGGAUUUCUGGGCUUAUUGGGAAACAUAUAAGGUGAUUGUCGAACUCAUCAAACAACCAAAAUUCAUUCUUAUCUGCGACAAAUGGGAGCAGCUACGUUUCGUAACCACAGCGCAUUUCGUCAGGUUUUGGGACACUCACCUUGAUAUCGAUACGGUCGGAGAAAUCGAUCAGAUCGAUCAAGUCGUGUCUGACAAGUGUUUAGCCAUCCACGAAACUCCUAGUGAAUCGAUGGGCACCAGCCAACUGACUGUGUCCACAGAACAUGAAGAGACGGAGACAGAGCAAGUGGACACGUACGUGGAGGAGGAAGAGAGGACGUUCUUCAUGAAGAACGUCAUUGAUCCACGCGACAAAUCCGUUAUCUCAUUCCAGCAUGCCGUUAUGUUGGGAAUCGUGGACCAGACGAACAAUAAGUAUAUUAACCCGGAUACUGGCGAGAGUAUACAAAUCAGAGAGGCGAUCAACGCAGGCUAUAUCAGUCUGGAAUGGACAUCUAGGAAGAAGAUCCGGGAGGAAAAGAAAUCUUAUGGGUUGAUAACAAUCAAGACGACCCGUGAGACCCGCCCGUAUUCAAUACUAGAGGUCAUUGACCCCAAAACAGAGAAGCCAAUUCCUGUUAGCGAAGCUAUGGAGAAUGGCAUCUUGGAUACACAUAAAUCGGUUUACAAGACAAAAGAUGGCGAGGAAAUGGAUUUGGCCGAAGCGAUAGAUUUGCAUAAAGUUAUUGUUGAAUAUCACGGUGAGAAGAACCAGAAACCAGAAAUCAUUUCAAAAACCUACGCAGUCAGUGCUGUCGUUGACCAGAGAAGAAAAGAUAAGGUUCAGUUUGCUGAAGCGAUCAACUCUGGUAUUCUUGACAAAGCCCGUGGUUUAUAUGUGAACAAUGUCACCGGCGAGACGAUUCAUAUUGGCGAAGCGAUCAUGAGAGGUUUUAUAAAGGCCCGGGUCAUAAAUGAUGUCAGCAAAUUGGAUAUCAAUCCUGAAAACAAAAUUGUUGUGGAGAGGAUACAGAAUGUUCGUAAUAAACUCAUGAGGGGCAUCAAGGCUAUUAACGCGAUGAAGAAUCUCAAAAAAUGA